AUGGCAUUGCCGGAGUUAGCAAAAAAAGUUAAGCAAAUUGCUUCACAACAAUUGACUAAUUUUAAGUCACUUCUUAAUGGAAGGUCAUUUGCUAAAUUUAAGAAAAAUUACCAAUUAAAAGGUGAAAUUGGUAGAGGUGGUUUUGGUAUUGUAUAUCGUGGUAUUAGAAUAUCUGAUGAAAUUCCUGUUGCUGUAAAAUUUAUUGAAAGAAGACAUAUAAGAGAAUGGGGAAAAUUAAAUGAUGAAAGAGUUCCUUUAGAAAUAAUGAUGAUUGCCAAAGCAUCAAAAUGUACUGGUGUCAUUAAACUUCUAGAUUGGUUUUCAUUACCAGAAGGUUAUCUUAUUGUUAUGGAACGACCAUCACCAUGUAUGGAUUUAUUUGAUUUUAUUAAAAAUCAACAUCAUUUAGAUGAAGAUGUUUCAAAAUUUUUAUUUAAACAAGUAGUACAAACUAUUCAUGAAUGUUGUGAAAGAAAAUUACUUCAUAGAGAUAUUAAGGAUGAAAAUAUUGUCAUUGAUUUAAUGACUGGUGAAACACGUUUGAUUGACUUCGGUGCAGCUGCAAUCCUUAAAAAGUCACGUUAUACAGAUUUUCAAGGAACUAGAUUGUACUGUCCUCCAGAAUGGUUUUUACAAUCAUUGUAUCUUGGAAAAGAGGCUGCUGUAUGGUCAUUAGGAGUUUUACUUUAUAAUAUGUUAAAUGGUAGAUUACCAUUUAGAAAUGAAAAAGAUAUAUGUACUUCACAUCUUCUUGGUCCAUUACCAUAUUAUAAUUCAUUGUCAGAUGAUGUUAGAGAUCUUAUUGAAAGAUGUCUUUGUUUUAAUUAUCAAAAUAGAGCAACAUUAGAAGAUAUAUUAUCACAUCCAUGGUUAGAGGAACCUAUUAAUACAAAUUGGCUUGAAUUUUCAUGUGUAUUAGCAAUAAAUAAAUUAUCUAAACAAUCUGCUGAAGAUUCUGGUAAUGAAAAUGAACAUGAAGAUGAUAUUUCAUGUGAAUCAACAAAUUCUACAAAACAAAAUAAUAUUGAUAAAAUUAAAAUUGUUCCAAAAAGAACAAAAGUAACAGGAAAAAAAGUAGGUAGUGGUUUUGAAAGUGGAAUGGGUAGUUCUGGAGAAAGUAACUGUUCAUCUAAAAGAAGUGAUUCUAUAAAAAUGGUAAUAAGUAAAAAUGAAAAUAAUGUAUUAAUUAAUGAUUUUAAUUGUAAUAGAUAUAAGGCACAAGAAACAGAAAAUAAUAUUCUCCAUCUGGAUGAAUGUAAAAUUCCUCCAUAUAAACCUAGAAGUGUUAAGACAAGUGUUUUAAAUUCUCCUGUCAAGAAGAAGAUAUCACUUUUGCCAAUGAAAACCAGUGUUAAACAAAAGUUUUCUUUUGAUUCUGGUAGAGGUUCACUAGGUAGUGCUGUUACAUCACCAUCUAUUACUCCAGAUGACUUAUCUGUUGAUGAUAAAUUGGUAAAAUCAAUUAGAAAAUUUAAUUUUGAUGAAGAUGAUAAUAAUGAAGUUUUUGUUGUGUAA